GAGGCAGUGCAGCAUAUGAAGUUCAGUCAGUUGAUUUCAUUGCGCCGUUCAGUUUUGGUCAGCGGCGUUUUUCUCCUUUAUUUCGCAUUUUUCCUCAUUUCCACGCCAUCGAGUUGUCUAUUUUGUGAGCCCUUUAUGUAGUCAAGGACACCGUGUAACCCAUCGCCGCGAAAGUGUUCAAGAAAUUGAACAAUCGAGUGGAAAAAAGUCAGGGUAAAGAGGCGCAAAACGGAGAUGGCGACGCUUUCUCAGAACGAACAAAAUAUGAAUAUUCUGCGGGAGGUAGAGGUGAAGAAGGAAGCCAGGAUGGAUGAUCGAGCUGCCCGGGGUUUCACGGAGAAGGAGAAUCUCGACACAAAGCCCAUCCGGGUGGACAAUGUGUUCAAGGGGCGCGAGAAUCUCAAGAACAUCCUCAGAUCCAAGUGUGAGAAUGUCGUUCCGGCCGUACAGAGUAGCAUUGCCAUCUACCAGGAUGACGAAGACGACGAGGAAGCUGAUGUUUCCAUCAAGAGUGUCACCAUGGAGAUGAGUGAACCUCCAAAUGCCGCCACAGCCAGUACGAGUUCCAGGAAUCCUCUGCAGGAGCUUCCUCUCCCUGUGUCAAAACCCGAGAAUAUCAGCAUGAUAACGGACCGGGAGAGAUUCCUGCAGAUUUUUGAGUAUCGCUAUGAUAUUCUGAAAUACAUGCUUGAGGCGGAGCAUAGAUCACGCCCAAAGAGUAACUACCUGCAGAAGCAGCCGGAUAUUAAUGCUCACAUGCGUACAGUACUCGUUGAUUGGAUGGUUGAGGUGUGUGAGGAGUACAAAUUGGAUCCGGAAACCUUGUAUUUGUCAAUCUCCUAUGUGGAUCGCUUCCUCAGCUACAUGUCCGUGGUGCGGGGCAAGUUGCAAUUGGUCGGCACAACGGCCAUGUACAUUGCGGCUAAGUAUGAGGAGAUUUAUCCCCCGGAUGCAUCGGACUUUGUCUACAUAACGGAUGAGACGUACACAAAUAAGCAGGUGCUACGUAUGGAGCAGCUGAUUCUCAAAGUAUUAAGCUUUGAUCUGUCCACACCAACAGCUUAUGCCUUCCUCUGCCUCUAUGUGGCCAUUGAAAAUAUCUCCGACACAGUGAAGUACCUCGCUAUGUUCUUCUGUGAGCUAGCUCUCCUCGAUGCUGAGACUUUUCUACCCUAUCUGCCGUCACAAUUGGCAGCUGCUGGUUUAGCCUUGGCACGUCAUCAUCAUGGUGAAGCACUAUGGACGCGCUCCCUCACGGAGACAACGGGAUACACAGUGAGCAACAUUCGGGAUCUUAUAUGCCUCCUCAAUAGGGCACACCAGAAGAUGGGUACAAUGAAACAGAGAGCAAUUGUGGAUAAAUAUCGCACAUCAAAGUAUCUAUGUGUAGCUGAUUGCCGGGAACCCGCCAUGUUUUGUGCCACAGACUUUGAUACAGUGGCAAAUGCAAUUGCACGUGAGCACGAGGAGGCUGUUGACCGAGAAACGAAUGAGAAUGUCCGUAAAAUGAUUUCUUCCCUUCUUUUUGAGUGAUUGCAGUGAGAAAGUAAGAAAAAAUUUUCAAUUUCCUAAAAAAAAAAACUCCAAAAUAGCUCAAUAGAUUUCUAGUUAUGAGAAAGAGAGAGAGAGAGAUAGAGAGAGAAUCUCAAAUGCAUCCUUGUUGUGCAUCUCAACAUCCCCAAGUUCGAACAAUUUGAUACUGUAUUUUUUUUUAUAGAGAAAACUCACUCAUUUUCUUUUAUAUGUCAAUGAUUACAAUGUGUGUUUGUUUAUUAGUUAUUUGUCAGUAAAUUCUCGCUGCCUGAAUAUAUAUUUUUCAAAAAUGUGUUUUUUACAAUGAAAUGUCCUUUCUAUGAUAAGAGCAACGACAUAAGAUAGUAUUUAGUAAACUUUUUAAUGCACAUUCCCCUUCCCCCCCCCCUGUUUAAUUGUUCCAUAAUGUUUUUUAACGCAUCCCCUUGUCUGAUUUUUCCUUGAAAAAAAAAAUAUCAUUCCCUUUGAUUUAAAAGACAAAGAAAAAUGUUAAAGAAAUAUUUCGUUUCUUCUAAUAAGAACAAAAUUUUGCGCGAUACUUAAGAAUUCUCUUUUUUUGAAAAAGCUAAAAGUUAAGAUAAACAAUUUUUCAAUAUUAAUCUCGUAAACAAUAAAUCAAUUUGCAAAAAACCACAAGUGUUUAAGAAAAAUUGAUUGUACAGUAAUUUAUUGUAUUUUUCUAUCGAUAUAUUUUUUUUUGCAAAUAAGAAAUCAACAAAUUCGUAGUGUUUAAGAAAAAAAAAAAGUGUUUAGCGAUAUUUUUGCAACUUUUUCAUUGAAAGACAAUAAAAUAAAAAAUUUAUAAAAUGCAAAAA